AUGAAACACGUGCAGCCUUUGGGACUCGCUCCCGGCCAGGUGGGCUCCUGCACGCCCGCCCGGCUCACCUGCAGCCCCGCGGAGCGCUCGGCGCCGCCCACGCCGCUGCGAGGGGCAGCAAACUGCAGAGCUGGACUAGACACGGCCGUCGGGGACCCGCUGGGAGUCGAGGGAGAAGCUACAAUCCGCAGGCCGGUGGACGUGGUGCUCUACCAGGGCCUGUGGGACAUCUGUCGCGAGCAAAGCAGCCGCGAGCGCGAGUGCGGCCAGCCGGACGAGCGGGGCUACUUCGCGGCCCAGCCGGUGCUCGUGGCGCGGGGACUCAUGGUCGCGUCGCUGGCCGUCACGGCCCUGGGGCUGCUGCUGGCGACCCUGGGCGUGCGCUGCUGGCGGGAUGAGCCCCACUUCGCGCUGGCCGGGCUCUCGGGCGUCGUGCUCUUCGUCGCCGGCCUCUUCAGCCUCAUCCCCGUCUCCUGGUACAACCACUUCCUGGGGGACCGCGACGUCCUGCCCUUCCCGAGCAACCGGGUCACGGUGCAGGUCAGCUACAGCCUGGUGCUGGGCUACCUGGGCAGCUGCCUGCUGCUGCUGGGCGGCUGCUCGCUGGCGCUCAGCUUCGCGCCCUGGUGCGAGGAGUGCUGUCGCCGCCGCCGCAAGGCGUCCCCCUCCGGGCCGCGUCGCAGCAGCAUCAGCACCGUCCACGUCGAGUGGCCCGAGCCCGCGCUCGUGCCCGCCAUCAAGUACUACAGCGAGGGCCAGCACCGGCCGCCGCCCGCCCAGCGCGGCAAGCCCAAAGCCGGCUUCCCCAUGCCGCGGCCACCGCCCAAGGCCUACACCAACCCGGUGGACGUCCUGGACGGGGAGGGGGGAAAGGCGGCCAGCUCCCAGGGCGCCUCCUCGCGCAGCACCCGGCCCUGCCACAGCUCGCUGCCCUGCGAUUCCGACCUGUAGACGGCGUCCCCGUCAGCGAUCCCCACCUCUGCGGUUGAGCGUGGCAAAGCACUCGCCCCACAAAGUCCCGCCUGGCUGGGAUUGGAACCCCGGACAUCUGCCUCUAGGGUGUAAGGUUUGGAGGUCAUCGUCCUUUCCUGUGGUUGAACUAGACUCCUUGGACUAUAUUUAUUCGGGUUAGGUUGGGUGUUUCUUCUUACAGAGUUUAGUUUUCCUCUCUUAAGGAGUGAUAGAUUUUUUAUAGUUUUUGCAGAAGAAGAUAUAGAAAGAGUGGCAUUGGCAUUGUGUUGACCAGGGACAAUGACAGCAAAAAGUUUAAAUCAACAAGACUCAAAAACAAUUUAACACCUUGAAACAACAACAUUCAUCUUGCAUCAAUGUAAUGCUUGACUCUUUUUCCUGCUGUGUAUACAUAACUCCUCUUCAUGGAAGCACUCAAGAGGCCAGUAUGUUUCUGGUUACAUUUGAAUGAGGUUUUUAAAAUAAACUUGGAGCCAUCUAAAUGCCAAAAGCUUUAGUGACUUUUAUGGAAUAAAAUAACCAGAUUAACUCCUAUCUGUAAGUCUUCCUGCAUAAAUAGGAUUUACCUUUUUUGCUCACUUAUUUUUGGUGUGAAAGUUGAGGUCAUUCAAGAGUCUCUUCCAGAAGCAGAAUGAAGGACCUAACUCUAUACUAUCCCAUUUAUUGGAUACCUUAUCCUGGACACAGAGGACCAUAAUAUUUUGUACAAGAUGGAGCUUGUUAAUUAUAUUAGGUUAAAGUACGUAUAUACUUUUAUUUAUAAAUAAAAGUUAAU